CGAUCAAUUUCGAGAAGCUUUCAAAUUAAUAUUGCGAAAAUCAUUUUCAACAAAAUAGUCAAAGAUAAGAGUCUAUUGUGUUGUGGAGUUGAGCUGUAUUUUAAUUAAAGCUCUAUGAUAAAAGAAUGAUUUUAAUUCAUUUAUCGCUCUCCAACAAAAUUGCCGCUUAUGGUCAAGCAUGAAUGGUCACGCAGGUCUCAAUCAAGCACAUCGACAGGCAAACAAGUCAAUUUGUUUUCUUUAGCAUCGACCAAUCGGAGGAAUUCAUAAGGGUGGACGAGUUAAAUAAACUGACAGUAAAGAUGACUUUAAAACACUUUCUGCUUUUCCUCAUCUGUGAGUCGCUACUGGAUCUCAUGGAUGAUGGAGGUUGCUCAAUGACUUUCACAAAUGAAUUAUAUGCAGUUAAAAAGAUUGGCUCCUUUUACAAGCGUUCACCGCCAACUGAAGAGAGUGAAAAUUGGAUAAAUCGUGCACAAGAAAUAGGCAGUAACGGUUGGGCUGACUUUAAAUUCCUUUUCUUCGGACCAGAUGGUGACUUGUAUGCCGUUCGUAAAGAUGGGACAUUUUGGAAAGGUUCUCCACCUAAAUAUGCACGUGAAAAUUGGAGUGAUCGUGCAAAGAAAAUUGGCAAUGGGGGUUGGACUAGGUUUAAGUUCCUCUUUUUUGGUCCUGGCAGUGAUUUGUAUGCAGUUCGUAAAGAUGGCACGUUUUGGAAAGGUUCUCCACCUAAAUAUGCACUUGACAACUGGAGCGCUCGUGCAACUAAAAUUGGCAAUAAUGGUUGGGCUAGCUUUAAAUUCCUCUUUUUCGGACCUGAUUGCAACCUGUACGCCGUUCAACAAAAAGGGCCCUGUUUUACAACGUACGAACCAAAGAACAGGCUUGACCCAUGGUUAGGUCGUGCAACAAAGAUUAGCACUGGAGGUUGGAAAAAUUUGAAGUUCCUCUUUUUUGGCCCUGAGAGAUAUUUGUACGCAGUAUCACAUAAUGGUUCCUUACGUCAAUCCUCUCCUCCAACAUACGCAAAGGAUAACUGGACUUCUCGCUCAACUAAAAUCGGUGCUAAAGGAUGGGCGAAGUUUAACUUUUUGUUUUAACUCUCUUGAUUUGAUUCGGUAGUUACUAGCAGUCUAUAAUUAUGCUAUUGUAAUUGUUUUCUACGUAAUGAGUCUUGAAAUAUAAUACCGUCACCAAGCCAA